ACCAGCUGCUUCCAUCGAAAGAGGGACAGCAUACAUCCCCAGCAAUCCCCUAAUAUCAUUGACGAGCGACUCAGCUGGUCAUUGCCCUGCUCUUCAUGGCUCAUGUACCCCAAAAACUCCUCGACCUCGAGCAAUUGUACACGGAAGCAUUGUCGCUGGCGCAGCGCGGCAUUGAGUUGGAGAAACGCAACCUCCAUGAAGAUGCUCAAUCAGAGUUUGCGGCCGCAGUCGUGAUGAUUGAUAGUCAUCCCACGAUGGAGCGCUAUACGACGCGCAAAUCGGCGGACUCGACGAUGAACUUGUACGUUGAAUCGUUACGGCAAACACGCGAGAUGUGUCGGCGGCACCUGGAACUGAUUGUAUCGAGCUUGAAUCGCGGAACCGCUGGCGCACCGCAACAGCGUCCCCGAAGUCCUUUACCAGUUUACCCAGCCGACGACAGAUCACGGCCUCAGAUGCCUGGGCGUCAGGUUUCAGGGCAGUCUUUGGGAGAGCGCGCAGCGCAGUAUAGGCAGACAAGUCCGGACCGUGGACAGAGGAGAUUGAAGGCGACGAUGAGGGACGGAAGGGGUCCGGCGACAAGCAAGGCAUUUCCUUAUGUUGGCUCAGCUAAUCAAGCUGCAACACUUGCUUGGCAGGCAUUGGUUCCUCCAUUGCCAGCUACACCUCGAGGACUCGCUGCGCCGAACACCAACAGUCCGCUAUACUCUUCGCCGAUUGCUGCAACGUCGAGCCGGUCCGUUGCGACGACGCCAGCAGAGAAGGCACAAGUCCAGCGUACUGACUCUGGCAAUCCCAGUCCAGUCAACAAUCAGUACUUCUACACUCCAGACCAGAGGGGUCAGAAUCCGCGUGUAAUAUCUCCCACGCCUGCUCCGCGACCCAGGCCUGACCCACCCGCAAGUACGCAAACGAGCCCGGCAAACAUACCUACACUUCGACUCGUACAGGCGCAGGGCAAUGCGCUUGCACAUCAACAACUCCCACGCCCUCUGUCGCCUCAUAGUGAAGCAAAACUGGCUCUGGCAGCGUCUCAUGGACCUCCUGCUGGUGGUAGUUUGCGUCGCGUGGGCCACGUUCACAGUCCACCUAAACCACGGAAGCCGGACAACCUCUCGACAAGGACCGUCCCUACUGCACCACCCGCUGCGACAACUUCAGCUGCACCGCCCUACAGCCAGGUUUAUGUUACUGCACGAGCAAACCCGACACCUUCUGCAAGUCCUAGCACGUCUUCCAACACACCUCCUCGAACAGCUGGUGCAGCGCUUGCAGGUCUUGGUGUCCCGACAAACGGCACGCCUGCCCCUUCGUAUACAUCGUCGCCCGAUACACGCAACGGCGCUGCCGUACCAGGUACUGAAAAUACUGACGAGAUGUCUAAAGAAGAGAAGGUACUCAAGAGCCUAGUAGGGGUGGAUGAGAACAUUGCUAAGACAAUCAUGAAUGAGAUCGUGGUAAAAGGCGACCCUGUCCAGUGGGAGGACAUUGCAGGGCUCGAAGCGGCCAAGCGAGCAUUGAAAGAGACUGUCAUCUAUCCCUUCCUGCGUCCGGACUUGUUUAGUGGCUUGCGAGAGCCUGCACGAGGUAUGCUCCUCUUCGGACCUCCAGGGACGGGAAAGACGAUGCUUGCUCGGGCUGUUGCGACACAGGCAAAAUCAACGUUCUUCAGCAUAUCUGCCUCGUCACUUACUUCCAAGUACCUUGGAGAGUCCGAGAAGUUGGUUCGCGCAUUGUUUACUGUUGCUAAGGCCAUGUCGCCGAGCAUUAUCUUUGUGGAUGAGAUCGACUCGCUCAUGUCGGCUCGCAAAGGAGAAGGCGAGCACGAGUCUUCGCGCCGGUUGAAAACAGAGUUCCUGAUCCAGUGGUCGUCUUUGGCGAGUGCUGCGGCUGGAAAUGAGAACGAUGAAGAACAACCCAGGGUGCUCGUGCUGGCAGCUACAAAUUUGCCUUGGGAUAUUGACGAGGCUGCUCGAAGACGAUUCGUCAGGCGCCAGUAUAUUCCGCUGCCUGAGCCAGAGACACGAAUGGAGCAACUCAACCACCUGCUUCGCAGACAGAAGCACGGUUUGACACCAGAACAGAUCGCAGAGCUCGUGGAGUUAACUGAUGGUUACUCCGGAUCAGAUAUUACCGCAUUGGCGAAGGACGCUGCUAUGGGACCAUUACGAAGCCUCGGAGAAGAUCUGCUCAUCACACCUAGAGAUCAAAUUCGACCCAUGUCCUUUGACGACUUCAAGAUGAGUCUUAGUACCGUACGACCCAGUGUGAGUAAGGAGGGAUUGAAAGAGUUCGAGAAGUGGGAUAAGGAAUUCGGAAGCCGGUAGAACCAACAUUGGCGCAUAGGGAAAUGAGCGGAUAUCCCUCAU